GAUAUCAUUAAACAAAUGUUGUGGGAAUAACAAGUUUUCACUGUCUUGUCAUUCUUCUCAUCUCCUAAGAGAAGGAAACUCAGGAGAUGAGAAGAAAAAUUUGGUGGUUGUUUAUGAAAAUCAAUAUAAUACACAUCAAAUCUUUGACACGACACCAACUUAAAGAAGAUGAAGAAGCUGCAUUGAUCUUCCCAAAAGAUCCUCCAUGGUUCAAGGCAUGGAUGGUUCCUGUGAUGAUGCUUUUCGUUUUCUUUGUCUUUUCUAUUGUAGGAAUUUGUCGACGUUGUCGAAAUUGUCGCCGUGGUGAAAAUUCUCCCAGCAUUCAUCCUAUUACCUAAUUAUUUAGAUUUUGUUUUCCUUUUUUUUUUCUUCUUUCUAUAAUGUAAAUCGUUAUUGGUGAAAUGUAAAUUUUACAGUUUCACCAUAUCA